AUGGCCGCGUAUCCACCCUUUCAUAAAUAUGUCACUCGAGCAUAUUUUGUAUUAUUUGCCGUUUUGGUGAUAGUUCUUCCUCUAUAUCACUCGAUUAAAAAGAAACCAUCGGUUAAUCAAAUUAUCAUUAUUUAUCUGAUGGUCGGUUUCUCUUAUUUAAUUUAUUGGUUACUGGUUCGCAUGAAUUGUUACGGUGAUCGCAUCAGUCCUCCUCCCUUCAGUAAUGCUCGACCAGCCCCACAAUCCACGACAAAUCUUUCUACAGGCACCUCAAACUCUUAUCCAACGUUUGCAAAUUAUCGAUUCGCCAACUUUCGUGAAAGAUUAAGGCGUAUCGCAUCUAAUCGUAGUGCACGAGAAGAUGAAGAAGACAUGUACCAUGAUUUGCGAGUAUCUGUUGUGCAAGUUCCUCCACCUACUUAUGGUAGUGCUCUGUCGAGUGAUGAGGGAUUACCUCCUCCGUAUCAAUUAAAAGUGAACGAGAAUAAUGAGAACGGAACUCAGUUGGAGAGCGUAAUUACAUCUAAUGGUCAUCAACAAUCAUCUCAAAAUCAUGACAACACCAACAAUAUUCAUUUGCAAGUACCAUCACACACUUUUUCAUCCUUAAGACGAGAAACAAUUAUUCCAGCUGCUCCGUCAACAACAUCAUUGAGGUUACAAUCAUCAUCAACAAAUCAAAGAAUACAAACUUUUGACGUUCAACAAAAUUCUAAUAAUCAUUUUAAUAACGAUAUUAUUAAUGACACUAACCAUAUAAAUAGUGGUAAUGAAGCUAAUAUUAAACAUCAUCAUCGCGUGGACUAUUCAUCAAGUGGUAUUGAUAGUGAGGAUUUCGAUAAUCCUGGUCAUACUGCGCAUAAUAAUAGUGAAAUUCCUUUGCUCACUGAUGAGGAGGAUGAAUAA